AUGGCUUCCAACCAGCCAACUCUUCUUGAGUACGCUAGGUUCUACAACAUCGCAGCGGACUCUACUCGAUAUUGCCCAAUUAGUUUUGCAGACGACACAUGUGAGCCGACAACUCCCAUCCCUCCUGUUGAUGGUCUGCGCCCCGAAAAUCCAGAAGAACGCCUCAAAGAAAUCGACCAACGCUUCUGCACAGAGCUCAUGAUGGAGAAGCUCCCAACUAAGCCUGAGGAUAUAGAGCUGCUGAGCGGCUGUCUCCAGCUCGAGUCUGAUCAGGGAAACCUCUGGCGUGGCAUCCUGCCUGAAGUGACAACAACUGACGUUAAAGGCGAACCGCUCCUCCUCACAACCGAGGAUGAGAGAAUGGUCACUUCGUCCGAGUUUCAAGCUACCUUCGCUCAGAGUCCAGCUCCAUCUUCGGCUACCCCCUCUGUCCGUUUGGUUGUACCUAGUGGCCCCGAUGUUCCUGUUGUUCCUAUGAAUACGCGGGACGUUUUUGAUCACUACAAUUCGGGGAUUUCCCAAUCAAACUGUGAGGAAGGUUUUGCUGCGCCUGGAAAUGCGGCUGCCAAGUCCUCGAAUGCUUUUACGACAUCUCAUCUUGCAGGAGACGUUUUGCCCCCCAUCGUGGGACCAUCAGGAACCGUGCAGCAGUUUGUCAGUAUUGAGUCUGAUCCUGUUCCCUCUAUUCAAGAUUAUGAAAAUGAGGGCUAUGCUACAAGUGUGCUGAGCUCUGAGGAUCCCACCGAAAGUGAAUUUAGUGCAUUUGUUUUUGAUAACAAUGUUCCCACGCCUUCAUUCGAUGUCAGUCCAUACGAACACACGCAACCCGUACCCACUCUUGGUUCUCCCAAUCUGACAAAAGAAAAAGGAAUCUCCGUUGACAGGAAUGACUGCCAGAAAGCGCAAGCACCCAGAUCUUUGAAGGAAACGAAAACCUCGAAGGCCUUAAUAGAGCCUGCGGCUGAUACAAGAAUAUCUCGUGGGAAGAAGAGAAUCGUGACUUUUUCUUUCAGUACACUUCAUGAAGACGCCUUUUUUGUGUCGAAGAGUUGUUCAAGUUCCUCAGUGAUUCAGCCAGCAAACGAUCAAAACAGCACCCAGCUAGCACGAGACUCACAGAAUGCAAAUGAUGACCAUGUUUCUAUCAAAACUCCUUAUGAGAAAACCAUCAAUACCACGACAACACACACUUCCUCAUUCAUCGACAAUAGAUAUACGUGUCUCGCUCAGGAGGAGCUGUUUUGCGUGAAACUGGGCUACCAGUCACAUCCCACAGGAUUGAAGAAACACCCUCUCAAGCUUUCACAUGCUGUUUCUUCCGUAGAUUAUACAGAGACCUCGAGAUCAUCCACAACAGUGCUUGGUGGCCUCGGAUCUCUCUCCCUGUUUAUGAAAACCAGAGGAAGUGACAGAGGACAUGUAACCUCGUCGCAAGAUGCAUCGUUCCCUUCCCUAUCAACAUGCACAAGCAGUGGACAAGGCGAAUUCUCACAUGUCUCUUCACUGGUGGGUGACAGAUCUCCAGACCCUGAUGAGACCUUGGGUCCCUCUCGCUCGCCAAGCCCUGCCUUCGAACUACAGGAAGUAGUGACCCAAUCGGCAUUCUACCCGCCACCGAUAUUCUUCUUGUCUACCACUCUUCUGACAACCCACCCGUCAGUCGUGCAAGAUAUGGAAGGGUGGCCAGAAAAUCCUCCCAAAUUGAUUUACAGGGACUAUGGAGACGUGUUCUCGGAUUCCCAAUACCAUUAUGAGGCGGAAAUCAUUCUGGCACCUGAUGCUGGGCUUAUUCUGACGACCCCCUAUGAGCUGACACAGCGAUAUCUUCCAGGGCAUGGCCCAAGAGAUGAGAGGUUCAGUGGAAUCCAGGGACUGGAAUCCCCGCUUCGAGAAAAGAUCAUGUGCCUCAUGCAUCGAUACGCGCUUCUGGUUGUUCUCAUCUGCAAACCCUACAGAGCAGACGCCAGCAGAGUUCAGAAUUCCUCGUUGACAAGGGAAAUCACCUCCCUUGCUCAAUUUUGUAACACCGAGGGAUUGUCCACAACAUUACUGAUACCGAUCCCGAACCACUCGGCAUCCAUUGUGCUGUGGUGUUUCGGCAUGGGUAGGCUUCGAUGCGAAUUGCAUCCCCCUGAAAUGAUAGCAAACAUUACCGAAGAGGAGUCUGAAUAUGAAGUUGCACUCCGCGACUUGGGAGUGAAUCCUUUCGCGGCGCGCCUUAUCUUGGACAACAUUCGCGUUGGUGGUUUCAACCAAGAUCCUGGUUUUGAUAUGAAUCCAACCGCCCUAGCCUCUCAUGAGAUCGUUGCCAACCCCAGCACGGAUUCAAGGGCUUUCGACGUGUUUAUGAACAUGGACUCAUUCGAGCGGAAUAUGAAAUACGGGUCUGUUAUUGGCGAGGAUGUGAUUAGUAGGGUAUCCGAAGUGAUCGAAUUAACAUCGUAUACGAUUCCCGAUGGGAAUGAGACUGACAGUGAGGAUGUUUUUAGCACUCAAAUCAGUCUUGAUUAG